GGUCUCACUUUUGGUACCGUACCUUUCCUCUUGAAAUCAAUCAUUAAAGAUACUUCAUUCACACAAUUAGGUAUCUUCUCAAUCGCUACUUAUCCAUACUCAUUGAAAAUCCUAUGGUCACCAAUUGUAGACUCCAUCUACAGCAAACGGAUAGGUAGAAGAAGAUCAUGGAUUAUACCAACUCAAUUGGUCUCAGGUGUACUUCUAUUCAUAUUAGGCGUGGCCAUCUCAAGAAAUCACAUAUUUAAAUAUGUAGACGAUCCAUAUCAUGGCAGAGUCACUCCAAAUUCAACCUCAAUGGAUUUAAAUAUACCAGAAUUGACGGCAAUUUUCACAAUUUUGGUAUUCCUAUGUGCUACCCAAGAUAUUGCAGUCGAUGGCUGGGCAUUGACUAUUCUUUCAAAACAAUCAUUGUCUUAUGCCGCCACUGCCCAAACUAUCGGUUUGAAUAUCGGUUAUUUCUUAUCCUUCACCGUCUUUAUUUCUUUCAAUUCAAUGGAAUUCAUCAACUCUUAUUUCAGAACCAAUCCAUUAUCACACGGUUGGGUCAGUUUAGGUGGUUACAUGAAGUUCUCCGGGAUUGUAUACAUUUUGGUCACAGUAUACAUUAUGCUAUUCACUAAAGAACAUCCAAGUGAAGAACAUGGUUUGAUGUCUGUUAAUUCAGAUGAUCAAAAAAAAUCUACGAAAAUGUUACAUCUAACAGAAUAUGAUGAUAAAGAUAUAGGAAUUUCAAAUGAAAAUCCAAAAGAGAAAACACAGAACAUAGCCUAUAUUUAUAGUUGUUUUAUCAAGGUUUUGAAAUUACCACCCGUUCAAACACUAUCGCUAAUGCAUUUAACUACAAAAUUCGCAUUCCAAUGUAAUGAAGCCGCAACUAAUUUAAAACUAUUAGAAAAAGGUUUUAGAAGAGAAGACUUAGCAAUUACCGUUCUUAUCGAUUUCCCUUUCGAAAUCGUAUUUGGUUAUUAUGUUGCAAAAUGGAGUUCCACUGCAUCCGAUACUAAAACUACAAAGGAUAAAAGAUUGGUCGAACAGCCAAACAAGAAGAAACUCAAUUAUAACGAAUUGUCAAUGCUAGGAAAGAUUCAAAGACUUCUUGUCGGAGAACAAGGUGUCUUGACCCCAUGGUUAUAUGGUUUCAUAGGGAGACUAGUAGCAGCCAUUUUAGCAAAUUUCAUUAUCCACUCAUUCCCUGCUGAUGGAAAUAUAACAAAAUCUUACUUUCUCUUGGUGAUAUUACAACAUUUAUUGGGUUCUUUUAUGCAAACAGUUCAAUUUGUCAGUGUUUCAUCAUUCCAUACAAGAAUUGCAGACCCUGUUCUAGGUGGUACUUACAUGACAUUGUUGAAUACACUGAGUAAUUUCGGUGGUACUUGGCCUAGACUUCUGAUUAUGUCAUCCAUUAAUCAUUUCACAAUCUAUAAAUGUACAGCAAGUGAUGAGUCUGUAUCAUAUGCUCAUAAUUUGAAAAACUCUGACGGUACUAAAUUUUGUGACGUCGGCGAUUUAGAAUUGGUUAGAGACGGCUAUUAUUUUACAAAUUGGAUGUGUAUAAUUAUUGGUAUUUGUCUAUUUUUUGGAUUCUUAAGAAAAAGUGCAUUGAAGAUCCAAAAGCUACCAAUUGAGGCAUGGAGAACAGAAACGUAA